GAGGUGAUAAAAAUGGCUGCAUUUUGCAGUUUGAAGAAUUUUUGUGAAUAUGAAACUUCUAAAGUUGUCCGUUUUCAGAGCGUUUCCUAUGGGAGUUUGAAAUGGACCUUCCAUAUGGUUGUCUUCCUGUAUGUUUGUUAUGUGCUUGUCACCGACAAACGAUAUCAGAAAAAGGACUCUGUGAUCAGCUCAGUUCAUACUAAAGUGAAAGGAGUAGUUCAAACUGACUCAAGAAUCUGGGACACGGCCGAAUACACUAUUCCCAUGCAGGGAAUAGACUCUUUUUUCGUGAUAACCAACAUAAUUAUGACAGAAAAUCAGUUUCAAAGUGUUUGCCCUGAGUACCCCAUUGCCAAAGCUGUCUGCUCUUCAGAUGCGAGCUGUGAAAAAGGACACAUGAACCCCCAGAGUAAUGGAGUUCAGACAGGAAGAUGUGUAAAGUAUAAUGCAACAAUUAAAACCUGUGAAGUCUCUGCCUGGUGCCCUGUGGAAUCAAUGAAAGGUGCCCCAGUGCCUGCCAUUCUGAAGAGCGCUGAAAACUUCACAGUACUAAUAAAGAACAAUAUCCACUUCCCAAAAUUUAAUCACACUGCAAGAAACUUUUCACCAAAAUUGAAUAUUUCGUGCACAUUCAACAAGAUAACUGCACCAGGCUGCCCAAUUUUCCAGCUGGGUGGUAUUCUCCAAGCAAUAGGAGAAAAUUUUUCAGAGAUGGCAAUUCAGGGUGGAAUCAUGGGCAUUGAGAUUAACUGGGACUGUAACCUGGACAAAUGGUUCUACCGCUGCAGUCCAAAGUACAGUUUUCGUCGCCUUGAUGACAAAACAACGCCUGAAUAUCCUGGUUACAACUUCAGAUUUGCAAAGUACUACAAACGGCCCAAUGGGCAGGAGGAACGGACGCUGAUCAAAGCCUAUGGGAUACGAUUUGAUAUCCUUGUCUUCGGCACAGCUGGACGGUUUAACAUCUUUGAGCUGCUGGUGUACAUCGGGUCUGUGCUGUCUUACUUUGGCUUGGCUCAGUUCGUUAUUGAUUUUCUUAUUACUUCAUACACUUAUCCCUGCUGCAAAGCAUCCAUCAAGGAAUAUUACUUCAGGAAGAAGUGCGAGUCUGCUCUGGGGCCAAAAUGGACCCUGAUGUACGUGUCAUAUGUUGAUGACCCGCACAUUAUUCUGGUAGACAAACCGUUGAGCACGAGUCUGCAGAACGUUAAAGGCGAGAUUGUUCAGUUGCCAGGAGACACUGGGACUUUUACUGACACGUCCAAGCUCGCAGCACAAUGUUCCAACCGGGUCCCUGUCUUAGCCAAAGCCCAUGAGAUGCAACCCCUUAAAAGCGAAGGGCAAACGUCUCCAUCCCACGACCGCCCUUCUUGGUGCUGCUGUGGGAAAUGCCACCAAACACAGUCUUUCCGGGAGCAGCUCUGCUGCCGAAGAAAAGAAGGGUCAUGCAUUACAACCUCGGCUUUGUUUGAGCAGCUCGUUCUUUCCAGAUCAGCACUGGAGUUUAUCCUGCUUUACAAAGAGCCCUUGUUGGACUUGAAUACAGAGACCCUCAAUAACGAGCUUCGUCACUGUGCUUACAGGCAAUAUAUUCACUGGCGUUUUGGCUCUGCUGAGGUGGAGAGCAGUGCCCUGAUACCAAGUUGCUGCAGGUGGAAGAUCAGAGAAACUUAUCCCAGUGAGGAUGGCAAGUAUGCUGGUUUAAAGAGGAAGAAUUAACCUUUAUUAAGCCUCUAUUAUAUAGCUCCAGAACCACAAUGCAGCUUAUUUCUCACAGUUAAACCCCCUUAAUUUAUCUUCGGAGACAUUUUUAAAAAGAAAAGCAUGUGAUUUCUCAGAAUCCGCUGCCCUAUGACUGAAUUCCGUAUUCUGUGUUAUUAAUGAGGCAGUAUUAGCUAAUGAUUAGUGCAGGAGGCUGGGAGUCAGGAGUCUUGGGUUCUGUUCCUCACUCCACCGCUGACACUCUCCGUGACCUUGGACAGGGCACAUAGCCCAUAGCUUUAAAAUCUUCCCCAAUUUUUGCAUGCCCAGUAUUGGACACCAUGGCCCUGAUGUUCAGAGGUGUUGAGUACUCAACAUUCCAGCUGAAAACUAGACUGCACCAACAGCUACCUCAAGGUGAGAACCCAAACAUUCAAGGAACCAAAAGUAGAGGACAUUUGAAAAUUUGACCCGUAACUUCUUGGUGUCUCAGUUUCUCCAUCUGUCAAAUAGGGAUAAUACCUACCUACCUUAGUAAAAGGGCUUUUGAGCCUUGGAUGAAAGAUGCUUUAGAACUGCAGAGUAUUAUUGUUUGCUCAGGCUCGGUCCUGCAAAUCAUUAUUCAUGUGAGUUGUCUGUAGUCACACAAGCAGUCCUAAGGUCCAGAGAAUGGGCCUGCAGGAUUGAGCCCCUUGAGGGUGUAUUUCAUAGACAGAGUCCUGCACAAACUGUGUGGCAUUUCAGAUUCUUUCAGCUUUAUGGUUGAUCAAAUCUGUUACCAGAGGAAACCAGCUCACUUUGGGUGAUGUUAGUAACACAGGAAAAGCAUUUUUAACCAUACAGUUAUGAUGUAGAUAGUAUCAGAGGGGUAGCCAUGUUAGUCUGGAUCUGUAAAAGCAGCAAACCUCUCUGAUUGAACUAAC